AUGAUAGAAGCUAGAGGAGGAAUUAAGACCGAUUCGGUUGUAUCGUUAGACAAGGGAGAAAUUCCUGUUACUACUGAUAUCGAGGAAAAGAUCCGUCGUGCAGAGAGGUUUGGCGUGCCUGUACAGCUUUCUGAACAUGAGAAACAUAAUACUAGGGUUGAAAGGUUUGGUACUACUUCAACCACAUCAGAAUCAGUGAAGUACUUAGAGGAUCAGAAGAGGAAGACUAGAACAGAAAGGUUUUACAACAUUUGUUUGGGACUUAUGUAUCUUAAUGCUGCUGAUGAAGCGAAAAAGAAAGUUAGGCUUGAGAGGUUUGUUGCUGCUCCAAAUACUACUACUACCACAACCACUACUACUAUAGUGGAAGAUGGGAAAAGAAAAGCUAAAAUAAUCAGAUUCUCUCAACCUACUGCUUCCAUAUCCCAAGUAAAUGGUGAAAGAGAUAAGGUGGUAAAUCUUUCUAAGCUUCAUUAUUAUCCUUUAUUUAACUAAUGUUGUUUAAUAUCUUAUAAUUGACUUCAUUGUGAAUUCAUAAUUUAGAAGACAACCA